GUCAGCCAAUCUCUAUUUGAUUUCGUGCUCGCUUUUGGCGGCCAAACGACCAUUGAUCGGCAAGUUGACGCCCCGCUCGCGGCAUUCGUACGCAAUGUUUAUAUCCAUGGUUUGGAACCAUGGGAAGCCCUCGUGAAAUCCUUCGCCGAGGAUUAUAUGUCGCUCGAUAAUGUUCCGCCAGUACUGGUCUGGAACCAAUAUGAUGAUCAAAAGGGCCAGCGAGUGUUCAAGGGGACUAAGUCCAAAAUGCUCGCCCUCUCCAACUUCACCUGGCGCCCAUGGGGAAUCGACUUCUGGAGGUGCUUUAAAUGUAAUGGAACUUUGCAGUAUCUCAAGUUCACAACAACCGAGAGCCCUCGCCAAGGGAAGGAUUGGAUUAAAACCAAACUCGAGUACACUUGCAUCCGCUGCGAAGAUUUCAAAACCUGUGAUAAACCGCUGUGGGUUGAAGCUGUGCCUGGCAAGGCGGAUCUCGUCCAAUUUCCGUGGCCGCUGGUACUUACACAGCUACAAAACAUAGGAUAUAAAGAACGGGACUUCUCGACCAGCUUGUGAUUUGUGCUGUGUAUGUAGUCGUAGUCGUGAGCGCUUGGGAAUCAGUGUUCUUUGAUGCAGUCUUUCUUCGGCUGAAGACGUUGGCUUCGCCCGUCAUCCAUACAGUCC